CCCAGUUUCCAACGAUGGAGCAGCUGGUUCUGCUCACCAUCGCCCUGGCGGCAAUCAGUGGCGCCCGGGCGUUCUACAUUGAUCCCUUUGCCGGGUUCGGAUAUAGCGGCCUCGGAUUUGGCAGCCUCGGAUAUGGCAGCCUCGGUUUUGGGCACAGCGUGGUUUCAUCACCAGUAGUGCAGCCAAUCGUGGUCAAGCCACCGGAGCCGCCCCCAGAGCCGCCCCCAGAACCCAAGGUGGAGGUGCACGUGCACAAGGGCGCCCCUCACCACGAGCCGCCGCCCCCUGAGCCGCACCCACACCCGCCUCCCCCGAUCAUCCUGAUCGCGGGCGGCGGCGGCGGCGGCGGCGGCGGGCACGGACCGCCUCCCCCUCCGCCUCCGGGCCCGCCCAUUGUUGUGCUGCCCGGCGGUGGCGGCGGCGGCCACGGCGGUGGCGGCCACGGUCCUCCGGGCGGUGGCCACGGCGGUGGCGGCGGCGGAGCUCCCAUCAUUAUCCCCAUCCAGGGCGGUGGCGGCGGCCACGGCGCCGGAGGCCACGGAGCUGGACAUGGUGCACCCCCGCCUGUGGUUGCUGCUUACGGUUAA